CUUGGGUAAAUAAUCCCAAUACCAAAUUCGUGCAGAACAAGCUGAGCAAAAUGGCGACGAUUACCCUCAGGAAAUGUGCCCUUACCGCCGCUCGCAGAUGCUUAUACAGUCAAAGUUCAAGAGCAAUGGCAGCUGGAGGAGGUAUCCCUGACAACUUUGAACAUGCCACAGGUCUAGAAAAGAAAGAACUUGACAGGAUAAAGGCAGGAGACUCGGAUCCGUUCCAGCUGAAUGUGAGGAGAGUAGCUGCUGGCACAAAAACUAAACCAGUUGAAGUAACAUCAGCGUUCCAGAAGAGAAUAGUAGGCUGUAUCUGUGAAGAGGAGCAGACGCACAUCAACUGGAUGUGGCUGUACACUGGUGAACCUCAGAGGUGUGAGUGUGGACACUGGUUCAAGCUCCAAGAGGUGGAAGGUAUAGCCGCUGCCGCCCACUAACCCAUGAAACCAAUGACAACAAUAACGACAACAACAACCAUCCAGUACCCCUCACCGUUCCUAAAACAUCCUCAUUGUCUUCAAAAAUUGAUGUAUCUUCUGAAAACCAGAUUACAUGCAUUAUGAUAAUUGAGCAUGUUUGAUGUGAAUUUUAACGGUUGCGGGUAUGCGUGAUUGUAAUAAUUAUAUAUAGCAAACAAGAUUUUAUUGAGGAAGAUAAAGAGUUUGUGGAUGUUUGUGUUCCUUUUUGUGCGAUUCUACAAAUGAAGGCCUAUUAUAAUUUAUAGUGAUUAAAUUGCCGUUACCAAGUUAAUGAACGAUUUCCAUUGUACCAUAUUCACACAGCAACGAUGAAAUAAGAAAAGAGAAAAACAUAAUUAAUACAGUAUGUAUCAUACGUUUUGUUGUUUAAAGUCUCGGUUGGUUGAUGAAUGAGAUGAAUAGUUUUAAAGGAGUUUAUAGCAAAAUAUUUGUGCUAUUAUCUAUUUUCCCACCAAAACCGAUGAGUGACUUUUCAAAUUGAGUUGUUGCAUUUUAAUCUACGUUUUGAAGAGUAAUAAUCAAAUUAUAUUAUUCAAAUCCUAUCUAGUUUGUUCAUCAGCAAUUUUACCCUGUUGUAAAAUAUUUCGGAUCACUUUCUUUCUAUGGGGAAAAAAUUACAAAAAUGCGGUAAAGUGAUAAUCUGCAAAGCAUUUUGUCCUCAGGAGGAGUCGAAACAAAAUUCAAGCAAUGCAAUCAAAAGUUAACCCUUGUCAUUACUGUUGAAAGCAGUCCUAUGUAUUGUAUAUGCCCAGUGUCUUACCUCAGAAAUGGUACAGAUUAGAUUUGUUUUGUUAUUUUGUGAGAAAGUAAUGGAUUCUAUGUGUGAAUGGGAAGAUGACUCUGAAAAGGGGGACUGCACAUGUAGCAGACACUGGUUUGUUAAGCCUUGUAAUAUAUGUGGUUUAAUUAAACCUUGUUGAAACGAUUAA